CACUGAUCCUUAACCCAAUCAAACCAAUUAGCCUCUGUCCUUUUAUCUCUUAUAAUAAUCAUCAUUCCCUCCUCCUCUAACGAAACUUGAAUCUCUGUGUUGUUGUUUUGAAUAUAUAUAUAUAUAUAUAUAUAUCUGUAAUGGCUGCUCUCACCGUUGCCGGAGUGUUGCCGGAAAGGUGUCGUCUUCUUCGAGUUUGAAGUUCGGAGGCAGACAAACAGAGCAGAAAAGGAAGAACACGUUCCGGAUUUCUUGUGGUUAUUCUUCUUACGUGAUGGAUCCUUAUAAGACAUUAAGAGUUCCUCAUGGUGCUUCUGAAUUUGAGGUCAAAAAGGCUUUCAGGGACCUUGCUAAGCAGUAUCAUCCAGACGUUUGCAGAGGGAAGGAUUGUGCUGUGCAGUUUCAUGAAAUUAACGAGGCCUAUGAUGUGGUGAUGGCUAAUUUGAGAGGAGAGCCAAUUACGAAGGGAGGAUGUGAAUCGUACGAUGAAUCUGACGAUGAUCAGAUGAGAGGAGUGAACGAUUCAGAUUGGGACAUGUGGGAGGAAUGGAUGGGCUGGGAAGGAGCUGGGAUCAGGGACUACUCUUCCCACGUUAACCCCUACAUUUGAUUCCUUAACCACUGCUGAAAGCCACAUAACCAUUUUUAUGUUUCUUUCUUUGAUGUUUUUUUUUUUCCCACUUGAAGAAAGUCCCACUAAAAUUGUAUAUUUUUGUAUAUAAUUUUCAAGUAUUUUUAAUCUCAUCAUCAUGUCGUCAUGUUGAUGGCGGGGAGUGAAGUUGGUGUUUUACCAUACAUAUGUUAUGCAAUAAAAUUGUUUAUAAUUUCGUUUCUAA